CGUCGCCGCCGAGAUCGCUGCUUCGUCGUCGCCGACAAGAUCGAUGCCGCCGAGAUGCCGCCGCCGAGUUUGCUGCAGAGUCGUCGCCGCCGAGUUUGCUGCAGAGUCGUCGCCGCCGAGAUCUCCUCCUUCGUGCAAGGUCGCCGCCGUCGAGACUCCGACUUCGCUGCUUCGCCGCCGCCGCCGAGAUCUCCGCCUUCGCUGCAAGACGUCGCCGCCGAUAUCUCCGAUUCGCAGCAAGGUCGCGCCGCCGAGAUCUCCUCCUUCGCUGCAAGGUCGCCGCCGCCGCCUAGAUCGUCGCCGCCGCCGCCUAGAUCGUCGCCGCCGCCUAGAUCGUCGCCGCCGCCGCCUAGAUCGUCGCCGCCGCCGCCUAGAUCGUCGCCGCCGCCAGACUUUGCUGCCGCCGAGUUCCAAUCACCGCGCGUCGCGACGUCUGCGUUCGGGAGAGGAAGAAAGGCAGAGGAAAGGGAGAGAGAAACGGGUGGAGAGAGAGGGAGGAAACUGAUUUGGGGAAAGUGAUUUGGGUUAGGGUUUAGGAUUUUUUUGUUUUUUGUUUUUGAAUUAGUGGGCCCGGCGGGCCCCGCCAGCCGCAGUGGGCUUGGCCCAGCCGAUGGAAUCGGCUCUCAUCUUUCACACGGGCCAGCGCGUUUUCUCCUCCACCGAUGGAUGGCGGCUUGGCGACGUGGAGGCCCAUCCAGCCAUGUCAAUAUCUCCUAACAAAAUACCCUGUUAGGAGCAUAACUAGAUUGCAGUCGUACACUUGAGAUUUACUUAUCAUCCUCGCCACUCAGAACUUUAAGCUCUUGGCUAAGUUGAUAGACUCCGAUGCAUGCAUCAAAUUAUCCUUAAUGGUUGUAUCGGUAGAUUUCUUGAAUCCAAAUAAAUGCUUCUCCUUCCCCACUGAUUCCUCCUCCUUCCUCCCUCCUUCCGCCGUUCUCCAAACCCCCACCAAUUCCUCCGCAUCUGAAACCCUCUCACUUCCCCGCAUCUGAAACCCUCCGCUCCACUUCUUACUUCGCCGGCAAAUCGAUGGUGGCAGCGGGGAUGUGUUCUCCAUUCCCAGAGCGAUGUUCAAGUGAGAAGAAGCUGGCCAAAGAAGUAGGGUCAGAUAAAGGGGGAACAAGUGAUUGAAAUCUGCAACCUCCAUCUUCUCACUCGACCUAGGGUUAGAAAGAGGAAUUUCAGUUCUUCUUUUCUCCUCGACCCACUUCCUUAAGCCAACGACAGAUCAGACUGCCCAUUCACAACUCCAAAUCAGCUCGUCCUUCUCGUCUUCUGCUCGGCGGCCUCCUAGCUAUCGCCAUCCACCAUCCGCCCACAAUAGAGAUGUGAGAACUCCUAGUGCGAACAAUUAAUCAAUCAAUCCGCUCAUUCAUCUCAUCCUCUGCGUGCUUGUGUGGGGCUAGCGAGUCUUCACUUUAACAAAUCUCAAGGAAAGAAAGACCCGACAGGUGAAACAGUAAAGAGAAGUGAAGCAAUUCAUCAGCUAGCUCUUCCUAGUCCCCUCUAUUAAGGUAAAAGAGUGUGUAAUGCCAUCAUGUCUCUUUCUAUAUCUCCCAUGUUUUCCGCUUCCUUAUUGUAGGCACUCUGUUCCUUUUCCCUUGAUGAAUGUUUCUAUAGGCAAGCAUCAACAAGGUGGUUGUUAUAGUAUAAUGAUUGAUUAUGAAGAUUGGAUUAGUCUAAUGGGUUGUGUCUGUGGUUUUGAUCUAGGUGAUAAACGAUGGUGCUUGGAGACUAAACAUAUAUGUACUCAUAUGGUCUUUUUUAUUAUAUACAUAGUACUCCCUCAAACUCCCUGCAUUUCUUCAAUUUACUGUCACCUUUGAUCAUCACCCACACCCAUGUAUGAUGAGAAAUUAAAUGGAUUAGAAGGGCAGCAGGUUGGAAGUUAACUUGGCAUGCUAUGCCUAGAAUGUUGCUGUGAUUGGUGGUUGGGUAAAAAUGGAAGUUAACUUGGCAUCCUAACAACUCCAUUUUUGUCACUAAAAAGUAUGUUUUAAGAACUGGAGUCGGGUGGUUGUAGUGUUGUGUAAUGCAGGUGAACAUAAAGCCAUUUAAGAUCUAAUGAAACCUUCCCCUAAUACCUCAUCGAUUUUUAUGGCUUAUUUGUCAUUUGGAUUCAUGUAAUGUACUCGAGUUUAUGCAAAGAUUCAUCCUUUAAAGUCAAAGGGUGAUGUAUCGAUUUUUAUGGCUUAUUUGUCAUUUGGAUUCAUGUAAUGUACUCGAGUUUAUGCAAAGAUUCAUCCUUUAAAGUCAAAGGGUGAUGGGGGAAAGUCUAUGGAUUGAAUAUGAUGUGUGAAUCUCCUCAAGUGUGUUUGAAAAGGCAAGACAAGAAGUUACAGUCUAUUAAUAGACAGUUAUGUGAGAAAUCUAUCAAUACAAAGGUAACGGUUGCAUUAGUAUGUUUUAGAUGAGUUAACAUAAGCUUAUUAUAACUAUGCUUUGCAUCUGCAGGUGGGUGCCUUUUCCGUUAUGAAAUAACUGGUGGUUGUUUUGCCAGACUUUCUAGCAGAGCACAUAGUAUCACUGAUUCCUUAAAUUCAAAAGGCACUGAAUGUAAGCAUGUUAUAUUAUAUCAUAUUUGUUACUAUAACUCAGUGGGUUCACUUGCCUUUACGAAUGCUAUUUUAAUUUUGUACAAGACAAAUCUUCAACCUCAAAUUUGAAGAUUGAAGCUCUUGUUCUUACAAGACUAGUGUGGGCUGCACCAUCUGUCUAACAUCCAUAUAUCAAGGUAAUUAGACAAUAUCAUCCCAGAAAUGGCAUACAUUAUUGGUAUUUGCUGUCAUAUUGCAGUCCGAAAUUUCAGGGCAACUCAUGGAGGUGCCAUUAAAGAUAGCUUGAUUACUAUUAAAGAUAUCAACAUUUAACUAAGAUCUUGAUCAGUGUUACAUCUUAGCUGUUGUAGUUUGGUCAUUAGAUUAGGUAAGUUUGUCAUUGCUGCCAAUGGUGUACACACCUAGUAGCUAGUCUUCGCCUUCUUGGGGUGCUCGACAGUUGAUGGUUUUGUGAUGGCAGGAGGCAGCAUUUGCAGCAUAUGUCAUGGAAAAAUUGACCAAGGAUGGUGAACCCACAGAUUUGGUCGACCUCUUAGGGUAUCAAGUGGCAAAACCAUAAUUUGAUGGCCUAUCAAGGCAAGUAUGUUGUCAAUUUGUAGAACUUGCAAUGUUGGGUAUUCUGAGUUUUUGGUUGCUGUUGACUUUCUGCAAUCUCUGUAUAACUUUUAGUAUGCAGUCUCUAUAUCACUAACUACUUUGAUUCUUCUCCUUCUGUUGUGCCCAUAUAGUUGUAAGUUACAGAUAACCAACCAUAUGAGUUUCUAAUUUAGCUCCAAGAAAUUGUAGGACAGAGGUUGUAUAUGUCAUUGUUGGAGAGAAGAGACGGGGGAAUGCGAAGAUGGUGGGAGUGAUGGCAAUUCUAUACGGAGUGUCUUGUGAUUUUUUUUCUACAUUUAUGUAUAAAUGUGUUAUCUAGAUCAGUUAGCCCGGGACACCAAAAUAAUUACAUACGUAACUAGUAUUAGUUUAGUUGGAGUUUCAGGCUACAAGAAUAUUAGUCUUUCAACUAUAUGUUAUUUAAUAUAUUUAUGAAUAAAUGGUAAUUUAUAUUGUCAAUAAUGUUAGAAUUUCAUU